UUGCGGAAGGUAGCUGACGAAGAGCAGCGGAGGAAUGUUGUCCGGGCUGCGGGCCCACCUGCCCGGCCAGCAGAGGAGCGAAGACCCGGUGUCCCGCGCCGGAGGGGAAACCUGGCAGCCAUGAUGGCCAACAGGCGACAACAAAGAGAAGAGCAAGAGGAACCGCCCGCCGAGGAAGAGGAGGAGGAGCAGCCGAACGUCGUUCCCGCCGCAAAAGUCGGCGCCAAGAAACAGAAGAAGUUGGAGGAGAAACAGGCCAGGAAAGCCCAGAGAGAGGCUGAAAUGGAGGAGAGAGAGGAGAGGAAGAAGAUGCAGGAGCUUCGAGAACAGGAGAGACGGCAGGAAGAUGAGAGGGAACGACAGCUGGAAAAGAAACAGGAGGAGGAAGAACGGCGGGCGAAGGAGGAGCAGGAACGGCGAGAGGAAGAGGAGUAUUUAAAACUCAAAGCUUCCUUUGUCAUCGAGGAUCAGGGCGAGGCCGAGCAGCUCUCCGAGGACCAGUCGCGGAACCUUCUACAGGAUUUCAUUCAGUACAUCGAGACGUCCAAGGUGGUUCUUCUGGAGGACCUAGCGUCUCACUUUGGGAUGAGGACGCAGGAUGCUAUCGCCAGGCUGCAGGACCUGUUAGCCGAAGGCACCCUCACAGGUGUGAUCGAUGACAGGGGCAAGUUCAUCUCCAUCACGCCGGAGGAGCUGGACUCGGUGGCUCAGUUCAUCAAACAGAGAGGCAGGGUCUCCAUCGCGGAGCUGGCUCAGGCCAGCAACUCCCUGAUCAACCUGACGCCCGAGAGCCGGAGCGCCGCCUAA